CGAUAGCCGUCGGGAGGUGUCUGAACCAUCUGCACCAUCCUCGUCGAUGCCAUCCCUUCAUGGAGCAUCUGCAAGUCAACUUGACACACAAUCACAAGGAAGCCCACAUCAACUAGCAGGAAAUUUGGCGAAAACAAAGGAGGAAGAAGAUGAUAUGGAGCAGCGGUCAGAGUUCCUUUUGCGGAAGCAAGAAGUAAAGGAGGCGCAGAAAGCGUACAUGCUGCGUCACCCGGAACUGGGCGACAUCAUGGCGGACUACCUGCAGUUGAUUCUACAUAGGAAGCCGGAGGACGUGUAUGCAUUCACCGCUGAAUACUUUUCGCUGUGAGGCGGAGUUGGCAGGGCAUUGGCAGGGUCCCCAUAAUGAAUGGUGUUCACUCGUGUCGAAGAGGAAUUGUAGGGCGUAAAAUCCGCAAGGGACGCUGGGCAGUUGCGGUACAUAAGCCCAGACCGCCCAAUCAUGGCAGGCACGUCUGACUGUUACCAUUCGGACAACCUGCGCAUGAACCUCGUCAAACUAGGAGGCGGGAGCGUAGCGCUAUGCCUGGCCACGAAGCAGUCGGUACGUUUCCGGCUUCCGGUCCGUGUUUUGAACAAGUAUGAUCCUUCGGAAAGCAGAGAGAGUCGGAGCAUACAGGAUGCAUUCAAUUUUCAAGAUUUUAUACAUAAUAGAA